ACGCGUGCAGUCAGUGAAAAAGACGCGUCCGCUCCUUCUAGGGGAGCGCACAGCUUUGCAAGCAAUCCAGUGGAGCGAGAGAGAGAUAGAGGGGGAAAAAAGUCUUCGGGUUGUUGCACUUUCAAAUGAGUUCUUUAAACCUCCUCUAAUAUGCUGGCAUAGAUAACAGAUUUUCGUGUGGCAGUUUUGGAACAGUUUAUGGGACUAAGUGCGUAAAAAGGGGCAAGAGAAGCAGCCAGUCUGAGCCCAUAAUGCGGACACAUCAAGUCCGCGGCGCAGCGGACCCUAAGAAGCUGCUUUCAUGGAUCCACUAACUGAUUGAUUGGCUCUGAUAUAUUUUUAUUUGUUUAUCCAGAUCUAAGGGAAUUCUUUCGACUUCCUCAGUAAGAAGCAAAGGAUUUUGGAUUUUUAUCUUUUUGGGCGUCGAGGAUUUUUGUUAUUUCUUAGGGGAUGCGUGUUAGUUUUGGGAUAAAUUAGGAUAUUUAUUCUGUUUUUGUCCUCCAAGUAAGACUUUGCCAAGAAACUGUGGAAGGAAAUUAAACUUUCAAUCGCUGGAGAUAUUUGUCUAAUUGGAGUCUUAAUCGUCUCAACAUGAAGUCUGGCACACUACGGAUGCGCGUCUGUAUUUUCCUUGUGCUCAUAGGUUCGUUGGAAGGUUCCUCUGCUUUCAUAGCGCCCAUGGCCAACAUAUCUCUAGGAUUUCCAAGCACCAGGUCUGCACGUGAGGCCCAGUCACAGUGGGUAGACUGCAUCCAGGCCAGUGAAUUGUGCACCAACGAUCCUCACUGCAGCCCCUGGUACCGGGUGAUGCGCCAGUGCCUCGUGGGCAAGGAGAAGGAUGCCAUGCUGGAUAACAACCGAGACUGCAAGACUGCUGUGGAAGUUCUGCAUAAAAGUUCCCUGUAUUACUGCCGUUGCAAAAGGGCUAUGAAGAACGAGCUGCAGUGCCUACAGAACUACUGGACCAUUCACAUGGGACUCAAUGAAGGUGGAGAUAUGGAGGAUUCAUCUCCGUAUGAACCUGUAGCCCCCAACCGGCAACCUGACGUGUUUGGCUUGGCUUCCAUCUCUUCAGGGAUGUACACACUGAACCCAAAGCCCUUUCAGUGUCCAGAAGGGGAGAAAGUUUGUAACCCUUGCCUUGACGCGACCAAAGCUUGCAACCUGAACGGCAUCUGCAAGAGGCACCGUAGCAGCUACAUCACAACCUGCAGCAAGGACACCAAUAAAGGGGAGAGCUGCAACAAGAAGCGCUGCCACAAGACUCUGAGGGCCUUCCUGGAUCGCGUGCCCUCAGGGCUCAGCCAACGGCUCAUCUUCUGUCCCUGCCAGUCUGAAGGCUGUGCUGAGAGACGCAGGCAGACAAUAGUUCCUGAUUGCUCUUACGUAGAUAAGGUGAAGCCCAACUGUUUGGAGCUACGAGCAGUCUGUCGUGCGGAUCCACUCUGCAGGUCUCGACUGGCUGACUAUAUGACUAACUGCUGGAUGGCCCCCAACACUGUGGGAACCUGUCCCAACCAAGAUAAUCACCAAGCCUGCUUAAACUCUUAUGCAAGGCUCAUUGGGACGGAAAUGACCCCCAACUAUGUUGACAACAGCUUCACCAACUGGACCAUCUCUCCGUGGUGUGACUGUAUGGGCAGUGGAAACCAAGAGGAGGAAUGCAUGAACUUCUUGCGUUACUUUACUGACAACACAUGCCUAAGAAAUGCUAUUCAGGCUUAUGGUUAUGGAAUGGACGACACCCCGAUCAAAAAUGUGACUGCCUCUGAGCCCUCAGCAACAUCAAAAACAAGGAGUGAGUGGAUGGAAGGCAUCCCAGAAAAUCUUAACCCUGACCCUUCCUCCGCCCCGCCUAUUAGUAUUGAAAGGAACGGUGGCCUGGCCCUGAGAGAGGAUCGCUAUACCUCUCUGUGUGCCAACAUCUUGGCUUUGCUUCCCAGCCCGGCUUUGGCUUUGAUUCUGGCACAGCUUGUCUUGUAGAACUGCCAGGAGGAGGAAAAAAGAGGUCAUGCAUCCACAAGCUGAUCCCAAAAGCAGAAGGUGUCAUUUCUGAGACUCUUAAUAAGAAGGCAAAAUCUCUGGUGACAGUUGAUGCUGAAUGAAAUUUGUAAAAGCGAAAAGACAGAUGGAAAUUAUGAAAAUUGUACAACUGAGAGUUUGAGGUUCUUGUGACGCAUUGUCUGCAUAAAAGGCUCUCUGAAGGACCUUUGUUAGGGAAGGCCAUGAAGACCACUCAUUGACUGCCACUCACUGACUCCCCGAAACUAAAGCUGUUGCUAAGGCUUCUUCUCUUUCUCACAUAAAAAAGAAGUGAAAAUCAUUACAAGAAGAAAGGACUGACAAGAGAUGAAUUGCUACAGAGAUAAACAAGAGGAACAUGAGUUACAUACAACAAGGGAAACAAAGAAUGAGACUUUUUCUUUUGCCUUGAAUUGGGACUUGGCCUUACCUUCAUAUAAUAGACCAGAGCACAAAUUUAAAGGUGUUUGAUUUGGGAUGAUUACAUUCUGUCUUUUCUGCUCUAGAGUAAACCUUAAAAACUGUAAAGCCUUUUCAGUGUUCUAUGUGUUGGUAUAAUCUGUGACCAUAAUCAAUCUACCGUACAGAGCUUUCAUCUGGGUACCGCAGUAUAAUCCUUAAGCAGAUGGCAAAAGAACUAAACCUGGCAAUGUUAAAAGUUAAUGGUUCUGUGCUCAUCUAAGGUAAUGUUGUUGACUGUGGGUGUUCACCAUACGUCCACCUGCAAACGUGUUUAUCCAGUCUCUAUGUAUAUAAACAGCAUUUUCUGUCAUGUAAUUUAAUGAUAUCUUGUAUUUUGAAAAGGACAUUAUUGUAUGCUAAGAUUGCUCAGUAUAUGUACUGACAGAAGGCCUUCAUUAUCUGCAUUUAUAUUUGUCUAUUAAAGUUUAAUCACAAAUGUAUAAAGCGAUGAGAUUAAAUGAACUGUCUUUAAAAGCCAUAAUUCUUUGUGUGA